GGCACCCUCCACGCCGCGAACGCGCACGCAGCAGAGCCGUACAAAAAGCCCGCAAUUAAAGGGACAGCGGCUCCGCAGCUCUCACCGCCCCCCCCGCGCCGCUUUAACCGGAAGGCAAUACGUGUGGUUCUAAUGGAGAGGUCUUAGCUUAAGGUGGUGGAAGAAACGAAGAUAUGGAAAGAGAAAACCCCAACAAGGAAGCUGUCCUCAUUACCGGUGGAAGUGGAUAUUUUGGUUUUCGGCUUGGUUCUGCCCUGGCCAAGAACAAAGUGGAUGUGAUCCUGUUUGAUGUUUCCAGACCUACCCAAGAGAUACCAAAAGGCGUGAAAUUUGUGAAGGGUGAUGUCUGUGACAUCCAAGAAGUGGAAGCAGCCCUCCAGGGCAUGUCCUGCGUGUUCCAUAUUGCCUCCUUUGGCAUGUCUGGCCGGGAACAGCUAAACCAAAAACGUAUAGAAGAGGUCAACAUCAAAGGAACUGAGAAUGUCAUUGAAACUUGCAGGAAAGUUGGAAUCUCAAAACUGGUUUACACAAGCACAUACAAUGUAGUGUUUGGGGGUCAGGUCAUAGAAAAUGGAGAUGAAUCUUGGCCUUAUCUACCCCUCCAUCUUCACCCUGACCAUUAUUCAAGGACCAAAGCUUUGGCUGAAAUGAAAGUUUUGGAGGCCAAUGGGACGGUCCUGAGGGAUGGUCAGGGAAUACUGAGGACUUGUGCCUUAAGACCCGCUGGCAUUUAUGGACCAGGAGAGCAGAGGCAUCUUCCGAGGAUUGUCAACUACAUUGAACGGGGAUGGUUCCGGUUUGUGUACGGGGAUCCUAGCAGCCUGGUGGACUUUGUGCAUGUAGAUAACCUGGUGCAAGCUCACAUUUUAGCAGCAGAGGCUCUGGGUGCCACCAAAAAGCAUAUAGCUGCCGGCCAACCUUAUUUCAUUUCUGACGGGAGGCCAGUCAAUAAUUUUGAAUUCUUCCGCCCUCUGGUAGAAAACCUAGGCUAUGCCUUCCCCACUCUCCACCUCCCUCUGUCACUUGUUUACUUCUUUGCCUUUUUUACGGAACUGGUCCAUUUUGUGGUGGGACGCCUGUAUAACUUUCAGCCCCUCCUCACUCGCACCGAGGUUUACAAAACUGGGGUGACCCAUUUUUUCAGCUUAGCCAAAGCUAGAAGGGAGCUGGGAUAUGAACCCCAGCAGUACAGCCUUGGUGAAGUGGUGGAGUGGUUCCAAGCCCAUGGUCAUGGGCAAAAGUUUAGCAUGUCCUCCGGGAAACAUUUCAUGAGAAAUGCAGCUCUGGCCUUUCUUGUGGUGGGGAUGGUCUUUUUGUGGUUCCCGAGAUUUUCCUGGAGCUUUUUUUGACGUUGCUCAAAUGAGAAAAUAUAAGAACGCAACGUUUCUUUGCUACUCCAGUCGGAAGGGAAUUGGAAGCAAGGUGCCUCCCAAAACUGGCCUUUUUGCCCUCCCAAUGGGUUUUUUUUUUUCAUGUUCUACCAAAUCUCACCUUUGCAUUCUGAGGUAAUGGGCUGUGAGAAUAACUUUAGGAGACAGGAGGAAGAGCUGCAGCCUAAACAAUGGUCUGAUAAGAG